UCAAACGCAGAAGGGUCAACUGUUGGAUUUUCCGGGGUAUCCCAGUUUGGAGGCCAAGGAUCUUCAGGAGUGGGCCAGGUUGGAGACCAAGGAUUUUCUGGGGUAUCCCAGUUUGGAGGCCAAGGAUCUUCUGGAGUGGGCCAGGUUGGAGGCCAAGGAUCAUCUGAUGUAUCCCAGGUUGGAACCCAAGGCUAUUCAUCUGGAUCUGCGUUUGAUUUCCAGGCUGGCACUGGAGGAGCAUCUGUUGCAACUCAAGGAUCUUCGCUUAAUACUCAAUCUGGCACGCAAGGAUCGCCGCUGGCAUCCAGGGCUCUCCACCGGAAUUCAGGGAUCUCUUGAAUUCCAGGCCGGCAGUCAGGGAGUAGAUGUAGCGACUCACGAAGCUUCUAUCGACUCAUCCUCAGAAACCCAGGGGUCGUCGGGUGAAUAUCAGGAAUCAUUUGAUGACACCCAAGACCUCUUCAGCGGUCUGCAAAUCGGCUCCCAGGGAUCAGACGGUGACUCCCACGCUUCUUUCGGCGCUGGAAUUCAGACCACCAACUCUGGCACAACCGGGUUAAGUCAGGCCACGUCCGGAGCACAGGAUUCCACUCUCGGUAAGGAAAUCACUUUCCCUGAGCAAGUGUCUGGACCCGGCGUAUCCUUCGAGGAUUUCCAGCAGUCUUCCCUCGGGGCUCAGUUCCCCCUCGAUGUCCAACAGGUCGCCGUUGGGUCAUCCUUUGACGAUCUAUCGCAGAGUUAUCUUCCACCUGGUGAACAGUGAUUCGCUUCGGGCUUGUUUGUUUCUAGUCGUUCAGGUUUUGACAUGAGAAAAGCUUGUGGGUGAUGACCAGUAUUAACCAGUGUUCCAUGUACACUCGCUGGAAUAAAGCGUGUUUUAUGUUAUCAUGAUAUUAAUAUAUAAUUUCUCUUAUGUUCGCUACUUUAUAAGAUGAAGUAUGUUUGAACAUUAAAAUUUUCCCUUAUUCAUA